AUGGGCGUUCAUGGAUUGACAGCUAUUCUCAAAAAGUAUGCACCCAACUCUGUGCGCACCGUGAGUUGCAAUGCAUUUUCUCAACAAACAAUAGCCAUUGACGCAAGUUGUCAUUUGAAUAAAUUCAUCUAUGGCAGUGAAUCACACCCGCAGCGUCAUAUAUAUGGAUUUUACCAACUAGCUCAGUUUUGCAGCUUGAAUGCAAUUACGCCUCUAUUUGUAUUUGAUGGACCUCAGCGGUUAGAAGCCAAGCAAUUGGAGCAUGCCAAACGUGCACGCUCAAGAAAAAAAGUAAAGCACUCGCUGUUAUUUGAAAGAGAACAAUCUUUGCGAUUAGACAAUUGGCUUCAAGUAUCUGACCAGUAUGAUCAAGCGCAGAUGUCAAAAGAAAGUGCAUUGGCCAUCUUGGGUGAGUUGGGAGAAACGCUCAAGGAGAUGGAGGCGGAUCCUACCAUAUUGGAAGAUGGUACUAUGCCUGUGGACAUUCAAGAACAAGAGUUACAAAGCAAACUUAGAUCCAUUGCUCAAGAAUUGCAACAGGCGAUCGCCACAGCAGAAGAUACAGAGAAAUAUACCAGAACUGUGAGGAAUUUAGCGAAUAGAGAAAGGGAUCUCAUGGCAGAUAUGAUUAUUCAUCGCUACAAAGAUAUUAAAUCAGCAUUGCAGCAGCUAAAGAAGGAGAAUCAAGCCAUGCUCUCAUCAUUGGAGAAAAGAUCCUUUCGAAUCACGCAACAUACAAGAGAUGAAUGUCAAGAUUUCCUCAAAACACUAGGUUACGUUUGCCUCUCAUGCGACAAUCAUGAAGCCGAAGCCAUGUGUGCUAAUUUAGCUAAAUCUGGAAGAACAACAGCAACGGUUUCCGAAGACUUGGAUACCAUUGUCUUUGGAGAUGUGCCUAUUUUACGUCACUUCUUUUCAAAAGGUCGGCCUAUUCUAUCCAUUGACCCAGUGAUAGCCAGACAAGAUCUUGGAUUCACUAGAGAAUCGUUUAUUGAUCUAUGCAUUCUUUGUGGAACAGAUUUUUCUGGCACUAUUCAGGGAAUAGGCCCACACAAAGCUCUUCAAGCGAUACAAAGGUAUGGCUCCAUUGAGCGAGUGCUGAACAACCUGGAUUCGAGAUAUGUUCCGCAAGAGACAUUUGAUUACUCAUUAGCAAGACAUGUGUUUAAUGAUUUGCCCGAUAUACCCACACAUGAAUUAUCUUAUGAGCCACCGGCAACAGACAAAUUAGCCAUCAGCAAUAUACUUCAACAUUACCAGAUCGAUCCCUUGGAAGCAGAUUUGGCUGUGAGACAGGCAAUAAUACAACAAAGUAUCAUAGAUGUCAAGAAUUGGGGCAGUGAUCCAUUCUCAUCUGCGUUUGCAGCCAACAAGACCGUCGAUCCAAAGUUGCUACAGGUUGCUUCCAGUUAG